AUGCGAUCGGCCACGAGACCAGCCCUCCGUCUGCUCGCAACAGCUGCGGUGCUGGGAGCCCUGCUCCCGGCCGUGCUGGCGCAUGGAGAUGAGGGCAUGAGCGUGGACGGGGACAUGGACGGAGCCAUGGAUAUGAGCGCCCAGCAGCCCGACAAUGACGCUCAGGAAUAUCCGCCCAACUACUUCAGCCAUCCGGAAUACAGGGGCACUCUUGUCGCGCACAUUGCGCUGAUGGUACUGGGCUGGGUCUUCGUGCUGCCUUUGGCGACCAUGUUCUCCCUCGCGCGAUCACGGUACACGCUUCCCACGCAGUUCGCCUUCCUCGCGGUCAAUGCUCUCGGCGUCCUGUUCAGCACCAUCUACAACGCCAAAACCCCCGAUCUAUACCCCAACAAUGCGCACCAUAAGCUGGGCUGGGUUGCGACGUGGGUCCUCUCGGCGCAGGUCUUGGUCAGCCUGCUGGGCCGCCUCACAGGCGCAUUCAGCAAGAAGACCGACAGUGCGCUCAACAACGCGGAGCGCCAGGGCUUCCUCCCCGUCUCGCGAGCUGCCAUGGAGGAGCACCACCGGCUGCAUAGCUCGCCGUACAGCGCCUUGCACCGCCAUUCGGACGAUAGCGGGCACGGCACAGCGUCCCGGCCCGACUCGCUGAGGAGCCCCUCCUUCUCGUCGACCCCUGACACGCUGGCUAGCCCCAGUGCCGAGACGGCGCACAAGACUUUCCACGACGACGACGAGGAUCUCGAGGCAGAUGCUGACCUCCCAGCUGCGCGGCGAGGUGGUGCGAUCCGCAACUUCGCGACCAAGAUCGGCAGCAAGAUCUCGUCGCGCGCGUGGCGCGUGCUGAUCCUUGGCUACAACGUUGUUGAUCGCACGAGCAUGAUCCUGGGAUUUGUGGCGCUGUGCACCGGAGUUAUUACAUAUGGCCGGCUCUUCGAAGGCAGCAUGAUCUUCACGGGCCUCGCGCACUGGAUCAAGGGCGGCAUUUUCUUCUGGCUCGGCAUCUUCACUCUUGGAAGAUGGUGCGGCAGUUUCGGUGAGCUUGGAUGGGCAUGGAACGUGAAACCAAAGUCUGCCAGCGGCCGAUGGACACCAUCCGCUGAGUUCGUCGAGAGCGCUCUCAUCUUCACCUACGGCGCAACCAACAUAUUCCUGGAACACCUGGGCCGUUGGGGCGGCGAGUGGAGCUUCGAGGACCUCGAGCACAUCUCAAUCACCGUGCUUUUCAUCGGGGGUGGUCUGUGUGGCAUGUUGAUCGAGUCCAUAAGCGUCCGCGACCUGCUGAACACCACCGUCGCCGAGGCAGCGCAGGAAUCGUACGAUGAAGACGAACGCGAGACGGCCCUCGAGGAGCCGCGCACCUACAACUUCUCCAUGAAUCCAAUCCCGGCCCUCGUGAUCCUGCUCCUGGGCAUCAUGAUGUCCAGCCACACGCAGCAGACCAUGAUCAGCUCCAUGGUGCACAAGCAAUGGGGCAACCUCCUGACGGGCGCCUCCUUCGCCCGCGGCUUCUCGUACAUCCUCACGUACCUCAAGCCGCCCACAUCGAUCCUGCCCUCGCGGCCGCCCACGGAGCUCCUCACCAGCUUCGGCCUGAUGGCGGGCGGCAUCAUCUUCAUGGCCUCGAGCGGCGACACCGUCCUGGGCAUGAUCAACCAGAACCUGGACGCCAUGUUCAUGUACACCGUGACCAUGGGCCUGAUCGGCGUCUUCAUGGCGUGGGAGAUCAUCCUCAUCGCCAUCAAGGGCUGGGCUGGGCGGAAGGAGGCCGGCAAGCCGAGGACCGCUCGGAAAUACUAUUCGGCUUGA